AUGAUACAUUUUGGAGCGCUCACUGACAACAGUGCCGACAGCGGGCUGGCAACUGAUAGGAAGCCAGCCUCAUCCUCCUCCUCCUCAUCCUCCUCCUCCGCCCUCGCCUCCUCUGAUGAUGACGACGAUGAUGACAGCGACGGGGACGUCAUCUCCCUCCUCAACGUCGACCUUGCUGCGCAUCACCCAACAGAGGGCGCACACGAGGCGGAGGCGAACUUGACCCCACUCGGCGGCGAGACGGUAGCGCGGCGGGAGUGCGGCGUGUCCAACGACGACGACGAUCGUCGCCACGGCGACAGCUUCCAUGACAUCAGCAUCUACGGCGGCAUCGGUGGUGCGGGUGGCGCGGACUGGUGGUCGAGCGCGGCGGUCGGUGUCGCCGGAGCGCCGACGAACGAUGUGGCGGAAGAGCUGUCUUCAAAGAGUCGACCGACCGACGUCGGAUCAAGUGCCGCUAAGUCGCCAAUAGUUCCGCUAAUCGAUCUCACUGGUGCGGCGCAUGAAUCUGGCACGGUGGUGCCACCUACUAGCAACCGAAGCCUGCCUUCAGCGCCACACGGAGGGGCCAGCAGCGCGUCACAAACGGCGACAAGCGACCACCCUUCGGCCAGCACAGAACAGAGCAACCGUGCGGCGCGCGAAGCUGGUGGCGCCACCAUUGCGAGUCGAACGACCGAGGAUCGAGAUGAUAGCUGUGAGCGCCGGACACUCGGCACGUGGCGCCACCUAACGGCAGCGAAGCGCGACACCCAGAUUAGGGCAAAUUCACGGCCGCCCAUCCAGAUAUGCAUCAAGGACGUGGAGACCGGCGACGCCGUGAAUAUCAGCAUUCUUCCGCCACCGGAUGGAGCCACGUGUGUGGUCCGGGAAACUGAGCACAUGCGUGCUGACGUUCAGCAGAAAACUGGCGAAACGGGAGGUGGUGGCAAGCCAACAACAAGACAGCACACGAGAUCAAAGGCGAGCUUUGCCGACAGAGGCGUCCUGAUGCAGGACUUCUUCACGGGAGGAGAGCAGAUGGAAGCGUCUCUGAGAGCUAUACGACAGUCUACGUUGACCCCCGCUUCCGUGCCUGACCUAAAGCGUGACAGUCGAACGAAGAGGACGGCAGCGCGUGAGCUGAGCGAAGAUGUAGAGCUGCCCUUACCCAGCAGAGCGUCUGCAGCGCUCUCGCAUCCACCUCCGCAAGCGCGGCAGGUCAGGAGCAAGCCGCGCGUCUUUCCCUCGGCGUUCUCCCCGUUCGACCACAUCAGCUGAAGCUCAUCGCACAUUCUUACAUCGUCGGGAUCGUCUACGCGAUUAACGUCGGACGGCGCGUUCCGUUAUCGUUAGCUCAACCGAUGUCAUCUUGCAGUGGUGUCUGUCCGUCUGUCGUGCUGCAGUUUCGCCAGCAUGUCCAUCCGUUUGCGGAAUGUUGGAUAGCAGUUUGUAAAAGAAGUCCUCGGUCAGGAGGGUCCGUCGGUAGAUGUGGUUGCAGCUCGUAUUGCAAAAUUCGGCGUGUGUAAUCGAUGGCAGGUGAAGAUGACAGUGGAUUGGAAUUAUAAACAUGAAUGUGUUCUUUAUGACACCUCAUCACCUCUGCAUCGUCUGUUGUGUGUAGCCAAGGCCUGGGGGGGGGGCACUCACCCCACAUCAUGGUAGGUAUGUGCCACUGCGAAGUCAAAAAUGGCGGGC